GAAUCGGGCAAGACCCCAGCUGUUGUUUAUGAGAUGAAGCAACAGGUGGAGUCAUUCAGGGAAAAACUAGAGAGUGUAGAGCACCUGAGCUGGCUGGGUCUGUUCAAGGAAAUGUCCGAGGGCACUUACAAACCCUCUCCAUUCUACCACAAGAGAACCUUGCGUAAGACACGUGAAGAGUGUGAGCAUGUCAAGGAAAAGUUUUUCCACAUGAGUUCACUGGAGGUCUCUGAGGAAGUGAGGCAAUACCUAAAGACACCAACCUUCGACAACUGGCAAUGGGAAGAUUCUGAGAUCAUGGUGCUGCUUCAGGUGAUGUACACAGACCUGGACUUUAUCUCAACCUUUAACAUAGAGUUGGAUGUGCUCCAGCAUUUCCUCUAUGAAGUCUACAAGCGCUACAACAACAUACCUUUUCACAACUUUAAGCACUGCUUCUGCGUCACCCAAAUGAUGUAUGGCCUCAUAUGGCUAACAGAUCUGAGAGCUAAAAUAGAUAGCAUUGACCUUUUAAUCAUGCUGACCUCAGCUGUGUGCCAUGAUCUAGACCACACCGGUUACAACAAUGCCUACCAGAUUAAUGCUCGUACUGAACUUGCCUUAAGAUACAAUGACAUUUCUCCCUUGGAAAAUCAUCACUGUGCGGUAGCAUUUGAGAUCUUGGAAAAGACUGAAAGCAACAUUUUCCGGAAUUUAACAACAGACCAAUACAAGAGAAUACGAGAGGGCAUCAUUAAGUGUAUCCUGGCCACUGAUAUGAGCAGGCACACCGAGAUCCUCAACAAAUUUAAAGCCAUUCUGCCUGUGUUUGACUUCAGCAACAAGGAUAACAGGGAUGUGCUGAUGAUGAUUAUGAUCAAAGUAAGUGACAUCUCUAAUGAAGCAAGGCCCAUGGAAGUGGCAGAGCCAUGGCUAGACUGCUUAUUGCAGGAGUUUUUCAACCAGAGUGACAUGGAGAAGCUGGAAGGACUUCCUGUCACGCCAUUUAUGGACCGGGAUAAGGUGACUAAACCUUCCUCUCAGACUGGCUUCAUUCGCUUUGUGCUAUUCCCGCUGUUCAUCGAGCUAGCUAAUCUCUUUCCCUGUCUUGAGCAACAUAUCAUUGAUCCAGUGAAGAAAGCCCUGGACUACUACACCGAGAUGGAGAAAGCAUUAGAAAGAGAGAAACAGAAUCGAACCCAGAGUUCUAAAGUGCCUAAAGAGACACACACACAACACAAUUCUGACCUUUCACUAAAGCCUUCAUGGACACUGAAACCCAGCUCUGUGUAAUGACAACACACUGGCUGUUUUGUAGAAGUGGGAGGGAACGCUAUAAUUUUACCAAAUAAUUGGAUUCCUUUGAAAACAUUACAAAAAACAGGUAAUACAUAAAAAAAAAUAGUUUUAGUAGUAUUUGGGUCAAUCCCCUUA